AGCCUGAUCGCGGCAGCGCCGGAGUUAGCAGCUUUGGAACCAAUGCGAGGGUUCACGAUCGUGGACAGACUAGCGGUUCCUCCCCACUCACUCACGUUUGGUCCUGCAGCCUGCUAAAGAGGAGCAGCUACACACCAGCGGUUAAAACGUAACCCGCGGGUGAAAUCCAGCCGGUAGAACCGAGAUAGUUGCUCGCCCUCAGCCGCGCUCAAAGUCAAUGCAGCCCAGCUUCCUUCGCCCGCCUCAAGAGCAGCUCCACCGGUCCCGCUGUUUCGAUUCAUGCGCUUGUUGUUAGCAGAGCCCAGCCUCAUACAAGGAAAUUUGGAAGGGAGGGAGAGCGAUCCGCGGAGAGAGGAGUUGAUAGAAGUGGUGGGGGGUACCCGGAUUCGGCAAGGGGACGCCUCCAGUUUACGGUGGAAUUAUUCUUUCAGCAACCAUGGACUGGUUAAUGGGGAAGUCGAAGACGAAGCCCAAUGGCAAGAGGCCGCCCACCGAGGAGAAGAAGCACUACCUAGAGCCAGAGCACACCAAAGUACGGGUCGUCGACUUCGACCUCAAGGAGCUAGUGGUGUUGCCCCGGGAGAUCGACCUCAACGAAUGGCUCGCCAGCAACACGACGACCUUCUUCAAUCUCAUAAACCUGCAGUACAGCACAAUCUCAGAGUUCUGUACCGGGGAGACGUGUCAAGCCAUGACAGCCUGCAAUACGAUAUACUACUGGUAUGAUGAAAAGGGGAAGAAGACAAAGUGCACAGCCCCGCAGUAUGUAGACUUUGUCAUGAGCAUGGUGCAGAAGCUGGUGACAGACGAAGACAUCUUUCCCACAAAAUAUGGUAAGGAGUUCCCCAACUCGUUCGACUCGCUGGUGAAGAAGAUCUGCAGGUACCUGUUCCACGUGCUGGCGCACAUCUACUGGGCCCACUUCAAGGAGACGGUGGCACUGGACCUGCAGGGACACUUGAACACUCUGUACACACAUUUCAUCGUAUUUAUAAGGGAAUUCAACCUGGUGGACCCUAAGGAGACGGCCAUAAUGGACGACCUGUCCGAGGUGCUCAGCCUCCCCCUGCCCGCCGCACAAAACCAUGUGACGGAAAGAUGA